UAUACAUAUAACGAGUAAUAUCGUUGGGCUCGGUCCAAUAAUAAUGUAACUCCUUCUGUGACUUAAAAUUGGAACAGGGAGACAGUGGUCCUGUAAGUUAAGCCCGACUUCUUGAAGCAUGUAUACCAAAAUUUGGAAUGGGCAUUAAACUAAGCCUGUCACAUCCAAGCAUACUUGAAUAAUAUUCGGAACAAUGAAGGUACCGUAAGGAUAACUCACCCAAGGAUACGCCUAUUCAAUUUUUACUUUGGCUACAUGAAGGAUAUUAGUGGGGCUGUAUGGAAAGUUAAAUUGUACCAAAAAUUAUAACAUACAUCUGGUUCAACAGCUAGAAAUAAAGAUCAGAAUGAAGAAAAUUUUACUUCUAGUGCUACUAAUUUUAGUGACCUGCCUAUAUAUCUUCAACCUUUGGCAGACAUUUGACACGGAUACACAUGUGGAGGUACCGAAACCAUUGCAAUAUAUCCAAGCAAAGGGCAACGGGAAUCGAAUACAAGAGAGAAGAAAAUCAUUGCACGAAAACUGUCGCAGACAUACAAGAUAUUAUAAGAAUGAUACUCGCCAUCAAGAAAGAAUAUAUAAGAGGGUGAUCGUUAAUGAACAAUUCAAAUUUCUCUUCUGUCCCGUUGCAAAGACUGGCAGUACAUUUUUUAGAACAAUUUUUAAGAUACUCUACUAUAAUUUAACGGAGAAAAAUCCAUUUAAAAUGCUUAAACAUUCAGUCUGGAAAGAGCCCUUCCCAACGUUACUUGACUAUAACAAAGUUGAACGAGCUAAAAUACUGAGAACAUACACAAAAGUCCUUUUCGUCAGGGACCCAUUUAAAAGACUUUAUUCUGCGUACCAAAGUAAAUUUCGAGCUAUAAAUGUAGUCAAUACAGGUAAAUUAACGAAAGCAAUUAUGAAGGAUGUUCGACAAAACCCCAACAAAAAAUCGCUGGCCUGUGGCCUUGAUUUAAAAUUUGAAGAAUUUCUAAGUUACGUAAUAGCUUCUGAAAAGGAUGAUGUAGAAAACAUGAACAAUCAUUGGAUACCAACAGACGUCGUAUGUGAUCCGUGUAUGAUCGAUUAUAACAUUAUAGGGAAAAUGGAGACAGUUUAUGACGACAUGCAGCACUUUUUGCGUACCAUAGGUGCAGUAAAUAAGAUAGAGUUUCAAAAGCCCGAAUCGUCAAGUUUAGAGAGUCACAAAACUCUGCUUAAACUCGGAAUUCGUUAUUCCUUUAUUCAAUUGCCUAAGCUGAUAAAGAAAAAGUGCAUAUCAAAAAAGGAAUUCGGUAUGAAGAUUGUUCAGAACUUUGUAAGCCAUGGCUACAUAGAACCUUUAGAUAGCGUCAAGCUUGAUGAGUUGUCAAAAAUACCAUAUGGGCCAAAUGCUAAAGAAGAACUGGAAAGACUGAUUUUGAACUAUGUGGAUAAAAAUAAUAAAACUCGCUUAUUGGCCCUCCCGGCAGAAGCUCAAAAAGCUGCAUUUGCCAGUCUGCCUACAGAUAUAAUAUUAAGACUUAAAAUGGCCUUCUUAAACGACC